CGAGGUUCAGCGUGGUUCAAUAAAUUCUCAAGCCGACUGACAAAUACUGUCAAAAAUAUAUAGUUUUUACUGUAAUUCGAUCAUUUAAUYUCUGCAAACUCCUUUCUACGAGUUGAACUUCAAGUAUGGCUGGUGUUGAAGAGCUUUAUCGGUUAUUUGGAGUUCUAGCUGAUGCCAAAGACAAAGCCGGCGAGCACGAAGAAGAGUACAGCUCAAUGUUAACGUUUGUGAAGGGAGAACCAGCAGAAAAAAGAUUGGCAUCAACUUUUAUCACACGAUUCUUCAAGCAUUUUCCAAAGCUGCAAGACCAAGCCAUYGAYGCAUURCUGGAUUUAUGUGAAGAUGARGAUAAUGCUAUACGCAAGCAAGCCAUAAAGAGUCUUCCAGAACUUUGUAGAGAUGAUCAGGAACACCUWCCAAGAAUAGCAGACGUCCUAACUCAACUACUACAAUCAGACGACCCCUCAGAAUUAGGGAUUGUAAAGACCGCUUUGAUUAGUCUCUUUAAGAUGGAUACAAAAGGAACUAUAGGAGGUAUAUUCUCACAGAUACUCAGCGGCGAAGAACACGUACGAGAAAAAGCCAUAAAAUUCCUUAGCACAACAGUAGCCGAGCAUGGCAAACAAUUUCUACAUCCGAAGACUGACACAGAAGAAUAUCUUGUAGAAGAGAUAAAAAAGGCCCUGUCUGAYGUCAAUGGUGAAGAAUUCAAAGCRUUCAUGUCAAUUUUAUCCAAUCUSAAAGUCAUGAAAGGAGCUCAUCAAGAACUUGCCAACAUAGUCACUGAACAAGCUGAAUUGAGUCAGCCAUUUGAGGUUACUGAUGCAGACUGUCUAAACAGAUACAUCUCUUGUGCAAGGCAAGCCAUUCCAUUCUUCUCUAAAGGAGCUUCAGCAGAGCUCUUCUUUUCGUAUCUAAUCCAACAAAUCCUUCCACACUUUGCCAACUAUGGUGAGUCUAAGCUUGAUGUAUUGAAACUAUUGGCUGAGAUGUCUCCUUGUGGUCUGAAUGAAGAUACUGUAAAAUCUGCUGUCGAACCUGUAUUUAAUCUACUUUUGGAAUAUAUGCCAUUACCUCCCGCUGAAGAACCAGAGGAGAASAAAGAAGAGAGCCAAGARCCUAAACUGCAGUUUUCKUUUGUAGAAUGCCUUCUGUAUGCAUUUCACUAUUUAGCUAAAAAUAAUGAAGAAUUUUUAACUGGCGCAGAUGAAGCAGAAAGACUAAAAGAUUUCAGACUAAGGUUACAGUACUUUGCACAAGGUUGUCAAGUUUAUAUCAAACAAAUAAGACUAGCUUUAGAGGGAAAGAAAGGAGCUGCAUUGCAAGAAGAGGAAAACAAGAUCAAAGUAGCUGCUCUUAGGACGACAAAUAACAUCAAUACAAUAAUAAAGGACUUGUUUCACAACCCACCCUCAUACAAAACUUUUGUAUCAUUGUCAUGGAAAUCACCUGCCAAGAAUACRGCUGUGGCAUCACCAAAUACUCAAACCAAAGUAGAAACAAACUCUCCUCUUGAUGAAAAACGUAAGAGAGCAGGYAUCACACCAAUCACAUUCGAYAUUCCCCCUGAGAAAAAAUCCUCCCCACAAACCAAUAAGCCYAAAGGACAGAACAAACGAGGGCGYGGCUUUGAAGUCUAUACCCCYCCAGGCCGACGCUCAGGAGCAGCUAAUGGAAAAGUCCAAGGACAAACUAUGCCAGAAAACUUCGCUACAGGACAACGAAGGGGAGGGAAUCGAGGAGGGUGGAGACGGAGAGGAAGAUUUUAGGUUAAUGUGCACUAACAGGGGAGGGGURGGGCAAGAUUUUUAAAUAUUCAUUUAUGGAUGUUUGUAAAAUGUUUCAAUGUGACUUUUAUCAGUAACCCACUUCUUUUCGUUAAUAUAGUAAAGCUUUAAACUUUGUAGCUUGCUUUACUGACAUAACUAUUUUUUGGUAAGAUUUGUGAUCUUUAAAGGGACACUGUCAAUGGCACGCAUGCGAGAGUAAACUUGAAAACACUAGGCUAGUGUUUUCAAGUUUAUGACUCCAAGUUGGCGCGAU